GUUCCAGGUACUCUCUCUUUCUCUGUUUGUUUGCGUAGGGCUUGAUUUCUCCCUCCCUCUCCUUUCUUGCUUCUUCUUCUCUCUCUCUCUCUCACACACGCACACACUUUUGCACACACACUCUCCCACUCUGUCUUUAGGGCUCGAUUUCUCUCUCCUUCCCUCCCUCGCCCCUCUCUCUUUAUUGUUUGAUUGUUUCAAUUUUCUUGAAAGUGGGCAUGCAAAGAAAAUUUCCUUCCAAUUGUCAAUUCAUGGAUUGCAUACUCAUUUUCUAGAAGAUCAGCAAAGCAUGGCAUGGUCACUCCACUCUUUUGAAGUUGCCCUUAAUUGCGCCCAAAACAGAGGUUCGUGCUGCAUGUCUACACCAAAUUUCUCCUCCUUCGUUGGGGAAAUAUAAGGACAAAAAGCUCCCUGAUUUAAAUUGGUCAGUCUGGUCCUUCAGAAACCCCCAUUUUUUGUAAACUAAUCACCAGAGAGGAAGAGACACAAUGUCUGGUUUCACAGGCUUUACAUUGUCCACAAACCCUUCUUCUUCUUCCUCAUAUUCAACGCCUCCUUUCUCUUCAUUCACAUCAUCUUCAUCAUCAUCCUCAGCUUCAUCUCCAUUCACCUCGUCACUUUUUGCAUCAUCAUCAUCAACAACAUCAGCACCAUUUUCAUUCACACCCACUUCUUCUUCCUCUCCCAGCACUUUCCCCUUUGGUUCAUCUUCAAACCCUAGCUCCUCUGCUUCUACAUUUUUCACCUCAUCGUCUCAGACCUUCUCUGCUUCACCCUUAAGCUUCUCCUUAAAUUCAUCAUUGCAAUCAUCGUCAUUGUUUUCUUCUGCCGUGCCUUCAUCACUUAACUUUGCUCCAGUUUUUCCUUUGUCUUCAGCAUCUGCUUCAGCUUCUUCAGUGCCUCCACCCUCGUUUGCAUUUGGUUCCACAUCAGCCACAGCAAGUUCUGGUUCACCUCUAUUUGGGACAUUUUCAUUGGCUUCUUCAUCUAGCGGUUCCUCUUUGUUGGCUAAUUCUUCCGUGUUUGGAUCUACUUCUUCGGGUUUAGCUAGUUCUGGUUCUUCUCUGUUCGGAACAGCUUUUUCUGGUUCUUCAUCAGGUGCUUCCUCAGCAUUUUCUGCCUCUUCCUCGUUUGGGUCUUCAAUUUCGACUACUGGGACUACUGCUGUUGCUAGCACUACCACGUCUGCUACGCCUGUCUUUUCCCAUGCCUUUCUUGGGACUUCUUCAUCCUCUUUGUCUUCUACUGCUCCAUUCUCUGGCAUGUUUGCCUCAAGCCCAAGUUUGGGUUCUGGUUCUAGUUCCAGUUCAGCUUCUAACUUCUCAUCUGCUUCAGGCGCUGCAUUUUCAUUUUCCAGCGGUUCAGUUUUUUCAAAGGGCUUAACCUCCUCCUCCUCCUCCUCAUCUUCUUCUUCUUCUCCUUCUGUGGCAGCAUCUUCAUCAAGCUCAUCGAGCUUUUCAUUUGCAAUUUCAUCAUCUCCUUUUCAAGCCUUAUUUGCAUCUGGCAGUGCUACUUCUACUAGUUCUAAUGCUGCCUCAGGAGCUGCUGUCACUAGCAUGACUGCUGCAAAGCCUCCUUCACUGGGUUUUGGUCCAUCUGCAGCACAAUUGUUUUCGACGGUUACCACAACAAGAAGUGCAUCAACACCUGCUGCUAGUACAGCUCCAUCUUCUGCUGCACCAACACCAUCAUUGCCUGCUUUUAGUGUGAGUUCGUCUUCCUUGGCUACAACUACAGCUACCAGCGCAGCUACUUCCUCAGCCACAGCAGGUUCUUUUUCGGGUUUUACUGUAACCAGCACAACUAAUUCAUCGGUCACUAGUGGUUCUUUUGCUAGUUUUUCAUUGUUAACUAAAACAACAGUGCCUUCUUCAUCCUCACAACUGCAAGCAACAACUUCUGUACCUGUAUUCAAUCUCCCAGCUUCAACCUCUGCACCUGCUACAGCUUCCAGCACCAGUGCUGCUACAGCUUCCAGCGCCAGUGCUGCAACUGCUCAGACAUCAUCGUCCCUUGUUGUAGCUUCCAGUAGUGGGACAACUUCAACGGUCAGUGCAGCUGUGUCUCCUGUUCCAAAAUUGCCAUCAGAAAUCACUGGGAAAACUGUUGAGGAGAUUGUCAAAGAAUGGAAUGCUGAGUUACAAGAACGUACUGGGAAAUUCCGAAAGCAGGCUAAUGCAAUAGCUGAGUGGGACCGGAGGAUCUUGCGGAACCGGGAUGUUCUUCUCGGCCUUGAGGUUGAAGUGGCAAAAGUGGUUGAAACUCAAGCUAACUUGGAGCGACAGCUGGAGUUAAUUGAGACUCACCAACAGGAGGUCGAUAUGGCUUUGCAAAGUAUGGAAGAAGAAGCUGAGCGCAUUUACAAGGAUGAGCGUGGAUUGCUUCUUGACGAUGAGGCUGCAUCCAUGAGAGAUGCGAUGUAUGAGCAGGCUGAGUUUAUAGAGAGAGAGAUGGAGCAGAUGGCAGAACAGAUCAAAUCAAUUAUUCAGACAUUAAAUGCUAACCAGGGUGGUGAACUUGACACCGUUGAUGGAAUGACUCCAUUAGAUGUUGUUGUCCGAAUUUUGAACAAUCAACUCAGUUCACUAAUGUGGAUUGAUGAAAAGGCGGAAGAGUUCUCAUCACGAAUUCAGAAGCUUGCAAGCCAAGGUUCUGGUGCAGAUCGUGAAUUGCUGGGCCAGAAAUUUUGGAUGACCUGAUUUUUGGAUUUGUAUGCAUUCCUAGUUUCUUAAUUUGGUUCCUGCUGUGUGAGGGAGGGAGGGAGCUCGUGAGAAAAUUUUGUUACAACAUGGUUUGUGUUAAAACAUUAACUUAUGCUAUUGUCUGCACAUUUGGUUAAUGUCAUUUUAUGCGCAUUGGUAACAACAGAUUUAAUCUUUUGAUGAUA